UUUGGCUAUGCUGCUAUAAGCAUUGGGGUACAUGUAUCCCUUUCAAUCAGUACUUUUGUAUCAUAUGGGUAAAUAUCUAAUAGUGCGAUUGCUGGCUCAUAGGAUAGUUCUACUUUUAAUGUUUUGAGGAACCUCCAUAUUGGUUUCCAGAGUGGCUGUACCAGUUUGCAUUCCCACCAACAAUGAAGAGGAUUCCCCUUUCUCUGCAUCCUGACCAACAUCUGUUGUUGGGAAAACUGGACAGCAACAUGCAAAAGAAUGAAACUGGACCACUCUCUUACACAAUACACAAAAAUAAGUUCAAUGGGUUGAAGACCUAAUUGUGAGACAGGAAACUAUCAAAAUCCUAGAGGAGAACACAGGCAGUAACGUCUUUGACAUUGGUCGUAGCAACUUCUCACUAGAUAGGUCUCCUGAGGCUAGGGAAACGAGCAAAAAUAAACUAUUGGUACUACAUAAAAAUAAAAAUCCUCACAGUGAAGGAAACAACAAACUGAAAAGGCAACAUACAGAACGGGAGAAGAUAUUUGUAAAUCACAUAUCUGAUAAGGGGCUAGUAUACAAAAGAACUUACCAAACUCAACACCCAAAAAACAAAGAAUCCAGUUAAGAAAUGGGCAGAAGACAUGAAUAGACAUAUUUCCAAAGAAGACAUAGAGAUGACUAACAGUUAUGAAAAGGUGCUCAACAUCAAUGAAAUACAAAUCAAAACUGCAGUGAGGUAUCACUUCACACCGAACUGACUACAAUUAACACAAGAAGCAGCAAAAGUCCUGAGUAAACUAUAUGCCCCACCCUCACAUCUGGGAUUUCAAGGCAACCAGCUGAGAAACAGAAAGGAUUGGGUCUACCUUGAAAUAAGUUGGAAGCUGUUGUGACAGUGAGUUGAGCUUCUAUAGAGAGAUGAAACACUGACCUCUCUGUGUCAAAUGUAUAUUUCACUGUCAAAAAUCAGGAGCAUACCAGCAGUAUAUGACUAUACUCUUUUUCUGUACCUUUACCAACACUACAUACCUGUGAUUGCUGGUGAGUUUAAAUAUUUUGGGAGUAUUUCUGCCUGUUUUGGUCGUUUAAUCAUUAUCAUUAUUGUUUGUGUCACUUAAAUACUUAACAAUGGUUAAAGUUAAUGUUUCCUUUUUCCCCAGAACAAUAUAAAAGAUAUAUGAAGGAUCUGAAAAUGCCUUUAACUAUGGUUCAUCUUUCCCAUCUAUUAUGUUACUGUCUGAUGUUUUAAUUGUUUUCUUUUAAACCCUCCAAAUGGGCAUUAUUUUUGUUUUAUAAUGACAGUGUUUGCUUGUAGAUUUAUUCAUAUGAUUAUCCUUUUAUUUGCACUCUAUUCCUCUUCAUUAUACCUUCCAUUGAGAUGAUUUUAUUUGUCAUGAAAUACAUUAAGCAAGGCUUAUUGUUAGUAAAUGUUCUGUUUUUAUUUUUGUUCUUUUAGUAAAGUAACCUUGCUUCACUUUCAUUUCUGCCUGAUGAUUUCACUUGGUAUAGAAUUCUAUACUGACAAUUAUUUUUUUCUCAGCACUCUGAAGAUAUUAUUCCACUGUCUUCUGGCUUCUAUUGUUGCUCUUGAGAAGUCUGCCUUCUGUCUCAUUAUUAUUCCUUUUACUUACCUUCAAGGAGUGCAAAUAAAGACUUAUCUCCAAAAAAGGAUACUUAUGAAACAGAAUUAUCUCAAUGGGAAAUGAGUGCCAGGCUUGAAAACUGUGAUCUUGAGGAAUCGAGUUCCAGAGAUUAUUUGGAAGUCAGAGGCACAUUGGAAAAGCAACAAGAAAAUCAGGAGGAAUAUUUCAGGCAAGGGAUGAUCAUAUAUGAAAAAAUGUCCAUAUUCAAUCAGCAUACUUACUUAUCUCAACAUCCUAGGUGUCAUUCUACUGAGAAACCCUAUAAAUGUAAGGAAUGUGGGAAGGCCUUUAGACGAGCCUCACACCUAACUCAACAUCAUAGUAUUCAUACUGGUGAAAAACCCUAUGAAUGCAAGCAGUGUGGGAAGGCCUUUAGUCGUGAUUCACAGCUUAUUCUUCAUCAGAGACUUCAUACUGGUGAGAAGCCCUAUGCAUGCAAGGAAUGCGGGAAGGCCUUUACUCAGAGCUCACAACUUAUUUUACAUCAUAGAAUUCAUACUGGUGAAAAACCGUAUAAAUGUGAAGAAUGUGGGAAAGCCUUUAUUCGUAGCUCACAACUCACCCGACAUCAAAAAGUCCACACUGGUGAGAAACCUUAUGAAUGUAAAGAAUGUGGGAAGGCCUUUACUCAGAACUCACAACUUACUCUGCACCAGAGACUUCAUACUGGUGAGAAACUUUAUGAAUGUAAAGAAUGUAGAAAGGUCUUUACUCAGCUCUCACAACUUAUUCUGCAUAAGAGAAUUCACACUGGUGAAAAACCCUACGAAUGUAAGGAAUGUGGGAAAGCUUUUAUUUGUGGCUCACAGCUUUCUCAACAUCAGAAAAUUCAUAAUGGGGAAAAGCCAUAUGAAUGUAAGGAAUGUGGAAAGGCCUUUAUUCGUGGCUCGUUACUUAUGCAACAUCAGAGGAUACAUACUGGUGAAAAACCCUAUAAAUGUGAAGAAUGUGGAAAAGCCUUUAUCCGUGGCUCACAACUUACUCAACACCAGAGAAUUCAUACCAAUGAGAAGCCCUAUGAAUGUAAAGAAUGUGGAAAGACCUUUAGUCAUGGCUCACAACUUACUCAACAUCAGAGAAUUCAUACUGGUGAGAAACCCUAUCAGUGUAAGGAAUGUGGAAAGGCUUUUAAUCGUGGCUCACUCCUUACCCGACAUCAGAGGAUUCAUACUGGUGAAAAACCCUAUGAAUGUAAAGAAUGUGGAAAGACUUUUAGUCGCGGCUCAGAACUUACUCAACAUGAAAGGAUUCAUACUGGUGAGAAACCAUACGAAUGUAAGGAAUGUGGGAAGUCUUUUAUUCGUGGCUCACAGCUUACUCAACAUCAGAGAAUUCAUACUGGUGAGAAACCGUAUGAAUGUAAAGAAUGUAGAAUGGCAUUCACUCAGAGUUCACAUCUUUCUCAACAUCAGAGACUUCAUACUGGUGAGAAACCCUAUGUAUGUAAUGAAUGUGGGAAGGCCUUUGCCCGUGGUUUACUACUUAUACAGCAUCAGAGAAUUCAUACAGGUGAGAAACCAUAUCAGUGUAAGGAAUGUGGGAAGGCCUUUAUUCGUGGUUCACAACUUACUCAACAUCAGCGAAUUCACACUGGAGAAAAGCCCUAUGAAUGCAAGGAAUGUGGGAAGGCCUUUAGUCAUGGCUCUCAACUUACUCUACAUCAGAGAAUUCAUACUGGUGAGAAGCCCUAUGAAUGCAAAGAAUGCAGAAAAGCAUUUACUCAGAGCUCACAUCUUUCUCGACAUCAAAGAAUCCAUACUGGUGAGAAACCAUAUCAAUGUAAGGAAUGUGGGAAGGCCUUUACUCGUGGUUCACAGCUAACGCAACAUCAGAGAAUUCAUAUCAGUGAGAAAACUUUUGAAUAUAAAGAAUGUGGGAUAGACUUCAGUCAUAGCUCACAAGUUUAUAUAUGAAUUAUCUGAUUCUUUGUGAUUAAAAUAGAGAGCCUUCUCUGGUCAUUAAUCCAUUAUCAUCAAAGAAUUCCUAAAAUGUGAAUAUGGGAGCAUAUUUUCCUCUUCAAGUUCAGCAUCAGUGAAUUCUAAUGGGAGAAAGAUACUGUUAAUGGAAUCUAUGUAGAAAAACCUAUAGUUACUGGAAACCUAUUAAACUUCAGCAAAUUAUAAUAGAGUUCUGUUAAUAUAGUAAAAUAUAGGAAGGCCUUUAGCUGUAGAAUAUCUUUUUCAACAUUAUCUUGACUCUUCCAGCUACUUUUCUUUGUGAUAUUUAUCAUAAUUAACCGUUGCUUUUGUUUAAUCAUUUGUAAGAUAAGCCUAAGAAUAAUACCUUCCUUGUAAGAUUCUUGGAAGUAUUAUGUGAAGCAUUUCAUGUAAAGCUCUUAGUGCCUUGAACAUAUUAUAUCACAAGUAUUAGCUAUCAUUAUUACUAGUAUGAUUUUAGAGAAUUUGCAUGAGAAGAGGACAACUAAUGAAUAUGGAGAUAUUUUUCAUUAACCCUUGACCCCGACUGUUUGGGGAGCACUGUAUGCUGUAAUGAAUAUGAGAAAGCUUUCAUUCACAUUUCAUCCUAUAUGCUAGAAGAGGAAAUUCAUAGUUAAAAAAGUCAUAGAUUUAAUCAGUGGAUUGUUGAAGAGGGAUGAGAUGAAUUGUAACAAAGUCCCAAAACUCAUAUUUUCUAUAAUUUUUGACCACAAUUUAAGAAUAUUACUUAGAAGUGAAAAAAGUAGAUAGUCAAAAUUUUCUACUAUGAAAUUUCUAAAAACUUGAAUGUACAGCUUUUGAAUUAAACUAAAAGUAAACUGACAGUAUUUUGCAGUGAAACAUGAUGACAGUCUGUCAGAGACUAUUUCCCUACCCAGUAUCCAUUUCCCCCUCUUUAGAAUUCUUGGCUGAAAAAUUAUCUCAGUCUCUCUUGCAGGUCAACAAGAUAAAAGUGGUAUUUGUUUGUACAUAUAGGACAUUUAAGAAUACCUUUUUCCUCUCUGCAUUUCUGUUUUCCUGCCUACAAUGUGGACAUUUAAUUUACAUCUCUGAUGAUUUUGGGGGGAAUUUGAGAAUGCUAUCUAAGGAUAAUUGAGCAGAAAUACAGAAUGAGUCUACACCUAUACUGAUUUUAUGGAAUAGCUGUACCAAUUCUGGUCUGCCUGCCUCCUGUAUUUCUUUAUAUAAAAUUAAAAUAAACUUAUUUGUUCA